AUGGCGGGCCGGGCGUCGACCCCGUCAGACACCAACUCGACUGGAUCAGAGUCGUGGUCCAUGGUUGACGGCGGCGAGCCCAUCGAGCAUACCACUGCCUUCCAUGCCGUCAGGUUUCCGCAACAGACGCGCGUGCUCGACUUUGACCACUCGGCCCCAACCGAGACGUGUGGUCAGAUGGCGGCUGCUAUCUCGCGCCGCCACAACAUCAUGAUGCCGUUCGGAGGCGACGGCUGUUGCGACAUUCCCAGCCCCGCCGUCCCCAGUGACUCGGCCCGAGCGCAAGCGUGUUCUUCGGAGAGCGACAAGUCUAGCAGCGACUAUGCCACUAGCGGCGCUCUUCUAUCUCCUCUCGUCGCAAACGCCAGCUCCGGCGGCAACCGCCCCCGCAGCCACUCCAACCCGCCCCGUCCCGACUCAGAGAGCCCUGGCGCUGUCAGCAAACGUAUGUUCCUGCAGGAGCUUGGCCGCCGCGGCGUGGCAUUCAGCGAGCCUAAUCCCAGCUUCUAA